GCGCCCCGUUGCCAUGGAGGGCCCGCCGGCCGCGGCGGCCCUGAGCGGCGCCGACAAGGAGAAGCUGCGGGAGAAGCUGGCGCUGCUGAGGCAGGAGUACAGCGAGACCGUCAUCCGGCUGCGGCGGGCUCGGCGAGCCGAGCGAGCCAGGAGCCACGGCCGGAGGGACAGGAGCCCAGGGGGGAACCGGGGAGAACGGGAGGCGCCAGGUUCCAGAGAUAACACGUCUCCCAGUGCUGACAGAGGUGGGCCCUCUCAGUUACAGACUAAAGCCUGCUCUGAGGCUGACACAGAGGACACAAGGUCUGUCACAGUUAAGCAUGUUCCAGAAUUCUGCAGUGAUGAGGUUAGCCCUCAGGACAGCUCCCGGGCAGAAAGCUUUCAGGCCAGCCAGGAAAACCUGUGCUGUGGGAUCAUCAGGCCUGUCCCUGUGGAGAAAAAGCCCCAAACCUCCCGAGGCAUGAUGAAGCUGCGGAGACGGAUGAAGGCUCUGGAAUCAAAGGAAAGGGAACCAGUGCAUGAUGUGCAUCUAACCAGUGCUGGUGAAAUGAUGAAAAAUCAAAUUGCCAGUGCAGAGGAGCUUCAGUCACCAGUGUUCAGGCGCAGCAGCCUCUCGCACUCUGAGGAACCCGCUCAAAGGGCACCUGGGGCACUGCUUGUGCAGGGAGAAGGAAAUAAUUUCACUCCUGAUGCACCAUCAGGGCUUGUACAGGAUGUGUUUGAGGGCAGUGUCACUGCACAAGAGCCUGAGCCAUCCCCACAUGCACUGAGGGACAGCAGGGACGUCUGGCAGCCUGAGUCCUCAGGGGCUGUGGCCACACCUGAUGGACGUGAGCCGUGUUCACAGCAUGGACGCUCUGUUUUACCUGACCCCAGAGGGGAUGGUGGAGAAGAAUCCCCCAGUGUAAUAAAACAGCUGAAGGGUCAGAGUUUGUGUGAAGGUCAGGGAGAAUUACAUGGGCUCCUGGAUGUAAUGUCAGAAAAUGAAAUAUUGCUUGACAGCAGAAAUAACACCACAACCGAGGAGAACAAAAACCAUGAAGGACAUCAAGGUGACCCUAAUGCCUUAAAUCCCUGUCCUGCAGAUAAUGCUCUGGACAAUGCUGAGGAGCUGCUGGAGAAUGAACAGGCUGAGGGUCAGUCAGGGCUCUCUCCCCCUGAGCAGGCAGCAGCUCCUGAGGGCACGCUGAGCUCCUGCACAGUGGUUGAGGGGCUGCUCUUCCCCGUCGAGUACUACGUCCGCACAACUCGCCGCAUGUCCAACUGCCAGAGGAAGGUGGACCUGGAUGCUGUAAUCCUCAGCCAGCUGGGCAGGAGCAAGAAAGGUCAGCGGGGUAAAUGCAAGCAGAAAGAUGCAAACCCCAAUCAGCCUUCACAAGAGAGAGCCGAGGGUGAUUUGGAGCCUGGGGUUGUGCCCUUCCCUUUUCUUGGGGCAGAAAACAAUCAAGCAAACUCAAGUAGUUCUCAGAAAUCUCUUCCUGCAUCUGGCAGCAGCAGCAGCAGCAGCACUUCUCUUACAUCCAUUUCUCAGAAAAGCAUCCCUAGCACAAGGCAAGAGCAGAGACAAUCCCAGAGGAAACAGAAGGGAAGAAGAAAGUCUGCCUGCAAAGCCCCCAUGCAUCCAGCAUCACAAGAGCUUAUAGAGAGCCAGGAUCCCACAGUGGCCAAUGGAAGCAGUGCUGUGCUGUCAAAUGAGAGCCAGAGUGAAAAGGAAAACUGUGAUGCUAACCUUGAAAGGUCAUCCUUAGAGGAGAGGAGAUUGUGUGGUGCUGCAGCACUGGGGUCUGCAGGGACAGGAGUGCCUGGAGCUACACAGCCAGAGUGUCCUGACCCUGCCCUGGACGGGAGCCAGGUGCCAGGCAAAUGCCACAAGGCUCUGCUGGAGCGGGUUCAAAACCCCCUCCACAGCAGCGACUCUCUGAGCCCAGGGAGUGACACUGCUGCCAGCCGUGUGGGAGAUGGGGAAGGCAGCGCUCCUGUGUGUGAGGGACACAAACAUCCCGUGCAGCGUGUGAGGAGGCAGCGAGGAGCCCGUGGGGCUGGGCAGCUCCCCGCGGUCAGCGUCCCUGUGCGCCGCUCCCUGCGCUGCUCUGCCAGGCACGGGGCCCACGCAGGCUCACCAGAUGGCAGCAGCAGAGGACAGAGCUGUCCCAUGGGUUCACAGGGUCCUGCUGCCCUUGGGCUGCCUGCUGUGCACCCCGACACUCGUGGCUCCCUCUUCUCCUUUCACAGCCUCCAGUGGCUGAUUCCUCAGCUGGGCAUCAGGGACUUCCACUUACCAAACGAGGAAUUUGGAAUACUGAAACUGGAGAAAUUGAAGUCUUCCCCUGUGAAUGACUUGGAGGAUUUUGUGUCUGGCAAUGGUGUGGCUCCAGAGGACACACCAGAUGCACAAAUGAUGCCAAAAGGAAAAGAUCUCAGAAGUAAUUUGGUUUUGCCUUCCAAAACUGGAUUGCCUGAACUCCCUUGUGUGGGAAGCCCAGCGUCCAAGAUGGAGCUUUCCACCCAUGAAUUGCUGUUUACUCCCAUGGGGACUGUCUUAGCUGAGGCUGCCACACACCCUGAGUCUCAGAUUUCCUCGUGUGUUUUCCCUGCUGUGGGUGCAACCCCCGGUGUUUUACCUUCAGUGCACAGUGAGGUCACAGUGGGGGACACACCUGUACCUGCCUCAGCCACCCCACCUUCCCCCAGAGGAGCUGCCCUGGUCCUGGGGGAUGUGGCACUCAGAGACCCUGCUGUGCCACUGCACCCCGACAGCUGUGCUGCAGGGGCUGCCACAAACCAGGAGGAGCAAGGUACAACAUUUCCUGCAGCAGCUGAAAGAGACCCUGAGAAUAAACCUGGCGAGACUGUGUCCUUGGAGGAGCAUCAGCAGUCAGAGAACAAAGAGCAGGAGUCGUGCAGAGCUUCACCUGAGCAGAAAAAAGAUGUAGCAGAACAGUUGAGUCCAGUGCUGCCGGAUGGGCCCGGAGAAGAGAGCUUGCAGUUUGUGUCAGAGCUAAAGGAUUCCUCGUGUUCCUGUGCUGUGGAUGUGAGCACGGUGUGGUGGGCAGCAGCUGGCCACAGGGAGCUGCGAGUGGUCACUGCCUCCGAGAGCGCCGUGUCCCUCUGGCGGCCCCUGGCACCCGACUGCUGGGGCAAGGUCUACACCUGGCACCUGAGAGAGAUUCCUGUAAUCCAGAUUGUUCCUCUGCCAGACACCUGUAACCUUGUGUGUGUAGCACUGGGAGAGCUGGAGAUUGGAGAAAUAAGGCUCCUGCUUUAUUCUUCUGAGACCGACUCAUUCGAGCACUCCCUAGUGAAAGCUGGGAAUAUAAAAGCAGUUGUUGGACUGAAGGACCAGAGGCUGGUGAGCAGCAGCAGGACCAUGCAGGAGCAGCAAGUGGAGAUGGUUUCACUCUCAGAGACAGGGGGGAGCAGGGACAGGCAGUCUCUGAUGCCCCCUGAAGAAACUGUGACAGCCUUUGCUGAAGUAGAAGGGUUGAGAGAAGCCUUGGUGGGCACCACUGCAGGGAACAGCGUUGUGGUUUGGAAUCUGAAAACAGGUCAGCUCCUGAGGAAGAUGCACGUUGGUUAUUCCUACCCAGCCUCCAUCUGCCAUCGAGCAUAUUCUGACUCUGGCCUUUUGUUUGUUGUUUUAAGCCAUCCUCAUGCCAAAGAGGGCGAGUCCUGUGGGAGCCCAGCAUUCCGCGUGGUGGCCUUCAACCCCCGCUCGGGCCGGAGCGCAGGGGUGAUGUUCUCCUGCCUCCCCCCUGGCCCUGCAGGCAGGUACCUGGAGGGCGAUGUGUGGGACACGGCGGGUGCCGCCGUGCUGACGUCGGGUGCCGUGGCCGUGUGGGACCUGCUGCGGGGCCGCUGCACGGCCGUGCUGCCCGCGGGCCCUGCGGGGCGCUGGGCACUGACCCGCUGGGCCAGCGGCGGGGCCGGGCUGCUGGCCGGGCGCUGCAACGGGACCGUGCACCUGUACCGGUACCGGUACCAGCCCGGAGUGGCCUGACAGGGCUGGGCUGGGGGCCAUUAAACGUGC